AUGAAGCGAUUCUUGGUUCUAGCCCUCGCGGCGCUUGGCUGCCAGGCCAAGACGGUUACACACGACUUCAACGUCACUUGGGUCACAGCUAACCCCGAUGGACUGGCAGACCGCAAAGUCGUUGGUAUCAACGGCCAAUGGCCUCUUCCAGUCAUCGAGGUCAACAAGGGCGAUCGCCUCGUAGUCAACAUGCACAACAACCUUGAUCGGGCAGCCUCGAUUCACUGGCACGGCAUGUUCCAAAACAACACAAACUACAUGGACGGCGCAUCCAUGAUCACACAAUGCCCUGUGCCCGCCGGAUCAAGCAUGACCUACAACUUCACAGUUAACCAGAACGGUACUUAUUGGUAUCACUGCCAUACAGACUACUGCUACCCCGAUGGCUACCGCCAGGCGCUCAUCGUCCAUGACGAGGACGCCCCAUUCAAGUUUGACGAAGAGUUCACAGUCACAUUGUCAGACUGGUAUCACGACAUGGUCGAGGACUUGUCGUCUGAAUUCAUGUCUGUGUACAAUCCCACCGGCGCGGAACCUAUCCCCAAUGCUUUCCUUUUCAACGACACUUUCAACACCAGCUUGCCCGUGAAGCCAAACAAGACAUACCUGAUCCGAAUCAUCAACAUCAGCGCCUUUGUUGGGCAGUAUUUCUACAUCGAGGGCCACAACUUCAAGAUUGUGGAAAUCGAUGGUGUUUAUACAGAACCCGCUGAGGCUGACACUCUCUACCUUGGCGUUGCUCAAAGAUAUGCGAUUCUAUUGACGACAAAGAACGAGACGGACACCAACUAUCCUAUUGUUACUGUUGCGGAUUCCUCUCUUCUCGACACCAUGCCUCCGGAACUCCGCCUUAACAACACCAACUGGCUGGAAUAUAACAAAAAUGCCGAUCACCCACAGGCAACCAUUAAUGUCACAGACAGCAAAAGUAUUGUUCCAUUCGAUGAUAUAAACUUGGUAUCGUCUGACGGAAUGGAACUGCUUCCCGAGCCAGAUAUGGAGGUUAAUGUGACUGUCAUCAUGAAUAACCUGAACAAUGGACAGAGCUACGCCUUCCUGAACAACAUUUCAUUCACAACGCCAAAGGUGCCGUCUCUCUACACUGCAAUGUCAGCUGGGGAUGAUCUCGUCAGCAACAAGGGCAUUUAUGGCGAAUUCACUCAUCCAAUGGUCCUGAACCACAAUGAUGUCGUGCAGGUUGUGGUCAACAACGCUGACACUGGUUCACAUCCAUUCCACCUUCACGGACAUAAUUUCCAGGUGAUCGAUCGCCAACCUCCUUAUGGAGAGCACUUCUUCGAUUUCUUGAACGGAGAUCCUGUGCCGUAUGACCCGAACAACCACACGGCAUUCCCCAAGGUCCCGGCCCGCAGAGACACGUUUGUGCUGCCUCCCAAUGGUUACAUUGUCAUGCGAUUUGUUGCUGAUAACCCCGGUGUUUGGAUCUUCCACUGCCACAUUGAUUGGCAUCUUUCUUCUGGUCUGGCCAUGAUCUUUGUCGAAGCCCCUCAGCAGAUGAAGGAGCGCAUGACAAUCCCACAAGAGCAUAUCGACGUUUGUCAGGCUGCCGGGAUACCCUCUAAAGGAAACGCCGCGGCUGACACACUGGAUUUCCUCGACCUCAAGGGCCAAGCCUCCCAGCCCGGCUGGAUUCCCGACGGAUUCACUGCACGAGGUAUCGUUGCGCUGGUGUUUUCUAUUUUAUCUGCUAUCUGCGGUAUCAUAAGCAUUGUUAUAUAUGGUCUGGCAGAUGUGAAGAAGAAGCAGGUUGAUGAUGUCUCAACCGAAGCCGAGCAGAGCGGCGAAGUUGUAGUGGAGGAGAACGUGGAGAACCCGUCCAAGUCAUGA